AAGAUUAUUUGGUGAAAAUUAGGCAGAAAAUAGAAAUAGAAGUGUGAGAAGAGAAGAGAAGAGAAGAGAAGGGAGAGGAGAGACAGAGAGAGUGAAAAUUGUGAUCGAGUUGAAAUCAAUCAAAGAUGCUCCGAACAUGCAUACGCAUGUGUGGAAGCAGAUCAGAGACAGAGAAGGUGGGAAAGUGCGCGCCAACCAUUUCGUCAAUAGCAUAAAAUCCUAUCGCAUUUCGCAACUCCAAUUGGCGAAUCACAAAGACAUCGUGUCCCCUCACAAGGGCGCCGUCAACUCCCUUCAGAUUGAUUCGACAGAGGGAAGGUAUCUGCUCUCCGCCGCCUCCGAUGCCUCUGUAGCCGUCUACGACGUUCAACGACCCGCCACUUCCGAAGCUUCCUCCGCCUUCUGCAAACACAGGUGCUUAUUUGUCGUUGACAAGCACCACCAACAGGCCCACAAAUAUGCCGUCUCCACAGCCAUAUGGUAUCCCAUUGACACCGGUUUGUUCGUCACUGGCUCAUACGAUCAUCACAUUAAUGUUUGGGAUACCAAUACCACCCAGGUGGUGGUGAACUUCAAAAUGCCAGGAAAGGUGCAUAGGAUUGCAAUGUCUAAUUUGUCAACGUCUCACAUGCUUAUCGCUGCUGGCACUGAGGAUGUUCAAGUUCGCCUUUGUGAUAUUGCUUCCGGGGCUUUCGCUCAUACUUUGUCCGGUCACCGAGAUGGUGUAAUGACUGUUGAGUGGUCUAAUUCAAGUGAAUGGGUAUUAAUUACCGGGGGAUGUGAUGGUGCAAUACGAUUUUGGGACAUCAGGCGUGCUGGCUGUUUCCAAGUUUUAGAUCAAUCUCAGACUCAGCUUGGAAGACGCCCACCUAUACUCAAACGGUCCAUGAUAACAAAGGAUUCGAGUGCAAAAUUGCGUGGUGCCCAAAAGAAACAUGCUAAUGGAAGUGGUUACAAACAACAACCAAUUGGCAGAGUUCCAUCCAAGGGACCAAUGAAGCAGAGGUUACAUCCAGGAAUGCUGUCUACUCAGGAUCGGGCGACUGCUCAUUAUGGUGCUGUGACAGGGUUAAAGGCAACAGAGGAUGGCAUGUAUCUACUAAGUGCAGGAUCUGAUUCAAGAUUAAGGUUGUGGGAUGUUCAAUCUGGCUGCAACACACUUGUAAACUUUGAAACAGUUCGUCUGCAAAUAAAUAAACCUCUUCAAUUAGCCACCACUCAAGAUUCAGCCCUUGUUUUUGUUCCAUGCAUGAGAUCUGUGAAAGCAUUUGACAUGUGGUCUGGGUACACCUACACAGUAUUACGUGGCCACUAUGAAUGUGUGAACUCUUGCUGGUUUAAUCAACAAAAUCAGGAACUUUACACUGGUGGAAAUGAUAGACAAAUUCUUGUCUGGUCACCUGCAAGAUCAAUGGAUGAUGAAAUGGGUGAAGGUCCUGCUGAGGAUCAGGAUAACUGGAGUAGUUGAGUCUUGCCUCCGUUCGUGUAACUACUUUUUCUUGUUCAUCUUCUGCCCCCUUCUGAUAGAUGCAUGUGGGAUUUGUAGAGUAGGCUUGUUCUGGUUUUGCAGCAUAUGUCAAACGUUUUGAAGCACCAAACUGUAUACUAGUAGCCAUUAUUUGUGUAGAAUAUAACUUUUUGUGUUGUGUAUAUUGAAUUGUCUCCUUGUUGUAAGUUGCAGCAUAAACACAUUUUUCUUAAUAUUUUUGCUAAUAAAAAGUUGUGUACAUA